AAUCAGCGCCGCAUUGUAAAGCCUCGAUUUGAAUCAAAUCCAUAUGUACGACACCACGUUGUUCUCUCGAGUCAUUAUUGAAAGUUUUAGUCCGAGAGCCUUCAAUAGCGCAGACACACAGACAUCAUUGCCUAUCACAAUCUCCCUUUCAUCUCAAGUCUCAAAUACUUUCUGAGCCACUGACCAAAAAAAAUAUUCUCAAUAGUGUGAAGCUUAAGAUCAAAAUCGAACCAAUUUCCCAUCUCAUGUGGUAUUAAAACCGAGGCCUUGAUGCUCUAGAGUCUAGAGUCAGAGGCUUAGAAAACCGGCGGGGGAAGCAGGGUGCAUGUGCGACAUCCACCCGAAUUCUGCACGGAGUCUUUAUUAUAAAUUAUGCCAUCCAUCGGAGAUUCUAAGAUAUCUACCCCCAUGAUCCAUCGUUUGAGAGUUCUCUUUCUGCACCCGGAUUGGAUGAAAGAUAAGAUUGUAAGGAUUCUCCGCAUGUUCUUCCUCAUUGCCCCCAAGUGGCCCCCAAGUGGCCAAUGAUGGUUCCGUAUCAGCGGCACGGCAAGGUCGUACUCUGUAGAUGUGGUAACUUGGUAAGAAGAUGAAUUGCAGGACUGGUCUAAGUGAAAAAGAUGGAAUGCGCUUUUCAUGGAAUCGAGGCUGGUCACAGCACAGCGAAAAUGCUUAACCGCAGACCGUUCGGCUUUAAUCGCCGUAGUACCCUCGUGGAAAUGUUUACUUCCCUCUCUUUCUCUUCUCGUUCUUACUUUUGCUAAUUGCUGUCUCUAAUUUCUCUUACUGGUUAAUACUGGUCCUAUUUACAUAUACAUCUUUGUCUUCGCUUGACGUAUUGAUAUGAGAUGCAUCUUACUUUCUUUUGAACCCUUCCCACUAUCUAUUGAAUUCGAGAAAGCUAGUAGUGUCUCAUUCACUCCACAAUCUUUUGCAGUCUUUUUUUGGAUCUACAUUAUAUCUCCCUUUCCUUUCGAUCUCCAACGAGUUUUUUUACGUCUGAAGUCGCAGAGACCACUUGCAACAUGCAAAAACCUCCCGCCUGGGUAAUAGCCGCUUGGCCUGAGCCCAAUUAUGUCGAUCCAGAAACACAUGGAUGGGGGAAUGUUAUUCUGAAUAUCGUGUUAUACAUAGUCCUUUGUUGCUUUAUUUCACUGAGGAUAUGGACGAGGACAAGACUGAGGGCUUCUUUUGGGGCGGAUGACAUGAUGAUCUUAUUUGCUAUGAUUCCUACGACCGGGUUCUUUGUUCUGAGUCUGCUGGCAGAUUUGAAAUUCAUGUGGACCAGACAUCAAUACGACAUCCCAAGCUCACAUGUGGAAUUUGGACUGAAGAUGGUCCUCUUGAUAGAGAUCAUGUUCGCAUCAGCAUGCACGUUCACCAAAUUAUCCAUGUUAAUGCUUGUUCGUCGCAUGUUAACCAGUGCCACGAUAUUCUGGAGACGGGUGACUCUGGCUGCUAUUUGCAUAGUAGGGUUACAAGGAGCCUUAUUUUGUAUUGUGUUGGUGUUUCAAUGUAGACCCCCGCAGGAUUACUGGAAAAUAACAGACGAGCCCCAACCAAACUGCAUAGAUCAAUCCUCUACACUCCUUUUCGCCGGAAUUAUCAACACUCUUACAGAUUUUCUCGUGGUCAUCCUUCCCAUCCGUACAGUGUACUCAACAAAUCUCCCCCGUCGUCAAACCCUCAUCGUCUCUUUCCUCUUCACCCUCGGUUUCCUAUCAUGUUUUGCAGGUGUCAUUCGUACAUACUACAUGUACCAAGUAACACAAACAUAUGAUCAAGUAUGGGCUUCUUUCCCCGUAUGGGUUUCUGCAGCUGUAGAAUUAUAUGUUGGAAUUAUAUGCACCUCCAUUCCGGCCACCAAAGUCUUCUUCGCAACCUACAUUCCCAAAAUCUUUAAUUCCCACCCCUCUCGCCCCUCUCAAUCUUCUUUCAGUGCCCCAAAUAUUUUCAAGAGUAUCCCAGUCCCACCUUCCGGCUUCGGCAUCACAUCCACCUCCCAAUCCACGCACUCUCUCCCUAAAUCAAAAUCACGCUCCAACUCCAACUCCAAUGUCCUCAGCAAUCAAAGCUCCCAAAUUCCCCUCUACGGAAGCGAAGAAGACACCCAUUACGACAACGACACCGACCUCGACCAAACCAUCGGAACGAGCAUUUUCGAACUCGGCACCUACACAAACCGCUCGAGCAAAUCGAGCAAAACAAGCAGCACAUGCCCGAUCAUCGCAGAUGAGGAAAUGCACAUCGGAACCGCAUCCGUCAUCUCACCGCUAAACAGCAAUCCAGUCCUCAACAGCACCCACAAUAUCGCGAACCUAGGCCGCAAUAUCCUGGGUUCUGUGCGACGAGAUAAAUUAUCGCUUGGCAGCGAUCGCUCGCGCAAUCGAUCGAGGUCGAGGAAUCGCUCGAGGAAUCAGGAGAGAGAAAAUGAUGAUCUCUAUUUGUCUCUCUCGGAGGAAUCAGGACGGAAGGAAAAGGAAGGGGGCUGGGAUAUACAUAUUGAUGUGGUGAGGACGGUGGAGGUGGAAGAGGAAUGUAUUGCGGGGAGGAUAUGAUACGAUGUGAUGCGAUGUGAUGUGCUAAUUGAUAAUGGAUAGGCCCUGGAGGCUCAACUUGAGAUUUUACAGUCUUGAGAGUCAAAAGUAGUCUUGAAGGUCGUUGGUUGAUGUUUUCGUGUAUAUAAUUUCUUCUUCUUCAAACAGUAUUUUAUUGUAUGUAUGUAUGUAGCUUGAUUGUUGGAC